AUGGCCUCACAACCUACAGAAGCCUGCUACAGAGAAAUAGGAGAAGGAGAUGAAGGAGAAAUAAGAGGAGAAGGAGAAGUAGGAGGAGAAGGAGAAGUAGGAGGAGUUGGAGAAACAGGAGGAGAAGGAGAAGUAGGAGGAGAUGAAGGAGAAAUACGAGGAGAAGGAGAAGUAGUAGGAGGAGAGGUAGGAGGAGAUGGAGAAACAGGAGAAGGAGAAGUAGGAGGAAAUGAAGGAGAAAGAGAAGUGGGAGGAGAUGGAGGAGAAGGAGAAGUAGGAGGAGGAGAAAAAGUAGAAAUAGGCGGAGGAGAUGAAGUAGGAGGAGGAGGAGAUGAAGGAGAAAUAGGAAGAGGAGAUGAAGGAGAAAUAGGAGGGGAAGGAGAUAAAAGAGAAAUAGGAGGAUGCGGCGCAGGAGAUGAAGGAGAAAUAGGAGGAGGAGGAAGAAGAACUCAUUCACGAGAAAUUCUGAGUGAAACGUCAUCGCCAUUUAUAUGA